UGCGAUCAGCGAUCGGAUCUGAAUCCUAGGAGCCAUGGACGAAGGCGCUGGGUUGCAGCCCCAGACGGGAGAGCAGCUGGAAGCCCCGGACACAGCAGGAGCUGUCCAACAGCAGGGCGAAGAGACCUUUAGGUCCAAGAGUUUACCCGACCUGAACAGCGCCUCCUGUAGGUCAGACCUCAGUCCUGUGAGUGUUGGCUCCAAGCCAGGCGGUACAGAUUCUCUGAGCCACCAGGAGCUGAAACAAGGCCCGAGCCGGCUGGCGCCCAGCCCCUCUGCCCCGUCCACUUCGGCAGAGAUGGCAGGGCUCGUGGACUGUAACCACAGGGUGGAAGUCAGCAAAACCAUAUCGGUGUCCUCCACGUUGGCCAUGCUCCAGGGGAGAAGGUGCCUGUAUAUGGUCCUCACCGAUUCCCGUUGUUUCCUGGUUUGCAUGUGCUUCCUGACCUUCAUCCAGGCGCUGAUGGUCUCCGGGUACCUGAGCAGUGUCAUCACCACCAUCGAAAGGCGCUACAGUCUGAAGAGUUCCGAAUCAGGGCUGCUGGUCAGCUGCUUUGACAUCGGGAGCCUGGUGGUGGUGGUGUUCGUCAGCUACUUUGGCGGCCGGGGUCGGCGGCCCCUGUGGCUGGCCGUGGGUGGACUUCUUAUCGCCGUCGGGGCUGCCCUCUUCGCUUUACCUCACUUCAUCUCGCCUCCCUAUCAGAUUCAAGAAUUGAACGCCUCUGCCUCCAACGACGGCCUGUGUCAGAAUGGCAACUCCACGGUGACCUUGGAGGCACCCACCUGCCUGAAGGACUCGGGAGGCAAUAAUCACUGGGUCUAUGUGGUUUUAUUCAUUUGCGCACAGAUUCUCAUUGGAAUGGGCUCCACACCGAUUUACACACUGGGACCAACCUACUUAGAUGACAAUGUCAAGAAAGAAAACGCAUCCUUGUACCUAG